UCCGCGGCCAGCAGCGGGAGCAGGAGGAGGAGGAGGCGAGCCCAGCCUUUCCGCGGAAUCCAAGAGCGAAGCAGAAGGUACCCGACAAGAGGAAGGCGCGAUGCUGGGGGAGCGGCGGCUGCGGCUGCAACCGCGCGCCCCGGUCUGGAGAAGGAAGGCACGCGGGAGUCGCUCCUCUCCCUGCAGCCUUGCCGGCCCGCUCCCGUCUCCCCGGGGGCCGUUUUAAAGUUUCGGGAUGGCCGCCCCGCGGAUUAAGCGGGAGUCUCGCGUUCCAGCCGGGCUGCCGAGGAGAAGGGAAAGCCCUCGGCGCGGAGGGUGCCGGAGAAGGCGGCUCCGCUGAAGCCAGCCUGCCAUGCCGGAAUGGGGGCGCCGGGCUUGCGCACAGCCUGAGCUCGCCGCCGCCGCCGGGCGGGAGGACGGCUCUGCGGUUUGGGAGCGAGGCCGAGGAAGGGAAAGCGAGACGGGAAGGGAGCGGGGUAGGGAUGUCGCUGAGGGGAACAUGGGUGCAAGCAAAGGGGGCUCCAGAGCGGGAGUUUGUUUUCUGGGCGAGAGGAGCCCGGCAGGGCGAGACGGCGGCGGCCGUUGAAGAAGAAGCCGCCUCGUCCCCGCCCCUGCCAUAGCUGUGCCUGAGCGUCGGGAGAGAAGGGGGAUUGUCUCCGGCCCUGCUAUAGAUGGCGAACUCCAGCGAGCUGGGAAGCAGCAGCAGCAGCAGCAGCCCACACCUGCCUAGCCCCGGCAGCCUCCUGGGUGCCUCUGGCCUGAAGCUGGCCUCCCUGGGCUUCAUCCUUUGCCUCAGCCUUGCUGGCAACCUGCUCUUUGCUUGGCUCAUCCUCAAAGACCGCCACUUGCACCGGGCCCCUUACUACUUGCUCCUGGACCUCUGCCUGGCGGAUGCCUUGCGCUCCCUGGCCUGCUUCCCCUUCGUCAUGCUCUCGGUGCACAGCGGGGCUGCCUUCUGGCCCCACGGGCUGCUCAGCUGCAAAGUGCUGGCUUUCCUGUCGGUGCUCUUCUGCUUCCACGCCGCCUUUCUGCUCUUCUGCGUGGGGGUGACGCGCUACAUGGCCAUUGCCCAUCACCGCUUCUAUGCUAAGCGCAUGACCGGCUGGACCUGUUUGGCCGUGGUGUUCAUGGUGUGGACGCUCUCCAUGGCCAUGGCCUUCCCUCCUGUCUUUGAUGUCGGCACUUACAAGUUCAUCCGUGAGGAGGAGCAGUGCAUCUUUGAGCACCGUUACGUAAAGGCCAAUGACACCCUGGGUUUCAUGCUCAUGCUUGCCACGGUCAUGGCGGCCACCCACCUGGUUUAUGGCAAGCUCCUCUUCUUCAUUCACAGCCACCGCAAAAUGAAGCCGGCCCAGUUGGUGCCGGCCAUUAGCCAGAAUUGGACUUUCCAUGGGCCUGGAGCGACUGGUCAGGCAGCUGCUAACUGGACAGCUGGCUUUGGCCGGGGUCCUACUCCUCCUACCUUGGUGGGCAUCCGACAAAAUGCUACUCAUAGCCAGAUCAAGAGACUGCUGGUCUUAGAGGAGUUCAAAACGGAGAAGAGGAUUUGCAAGAUGUUUUACAUGAUCACCCUCCUAUUCUUGCUUCUCUGGUCUCCCUACAUUGUGACUUGUUACUUACGUGUCUUCAUCAAAGCCAGCACAAUCCCACAGAUUUAUUUGACCAUCUCAGUCUGGAUGACCUUUGCCCAGGCAGGAGUCAACCCCAUCCUUUGUUUCAUUUUCAACAAGGAGCUUAGAGUCUGUUUCAGAUCUCACUUCUUUUGUUGCCAAAGCAUACAGAACACUCAAGGCACAAUUCUGUGUGAUCUGAAGAAUUUGAGGAUAUAAUUCAUCCCCCCCCCCCCAAAAAAAAAAGGAGAAGAAAAAGUUUAAAAUGUCUAUGCUUAUUCUGGCAUGUGCACUUGCUAAUGAUUAUCUAAGCAAACCUCUUGGCCUCGGCCAAAUCAGUAGUUUAAAAUAAGGUAUUUAUAUUCAGAUUUGAUCUGAGGGGGGGUUGGGGAAUCUUUUCUGUGUCUCUGGAGGGUAGGAAAAAAAAAACAAGACAAAGUCAAUUUUUUCCCGUCUGUUCUGAAUUUCUACAGAUAAUUCUGACAUGGAUUAAAUGCCAUAAUUUUGUGUUAAUUUUUCUUCCCAAUCUUGCCAGUUUUGAUAAAGGUUUAGCAAUUUUAUUCCUUAAGUAAAAUUUGAUAAAAAGGGCAAGACAAAAUUUUGUAGUAAAAUUAUUUUUUGAUGACUUCAGAAUCUUGUAUUGUAAUAUUUGUCUUUCAAGGGCAGUGGAGAUGGAGAAAGUCACUUCCUUGUGGGGAGACUUGGGGCUAAUUUUGUUUCGGUACUUAAAAGUAACUUUCUGGCCUUGCCUGAAAUAUGGAUACUGUCUUACCCUGAUUUUACUAGAAUCAUUAGGUCAUUUCCUGCUAACCUAAUGAACAUUGUGUCACCUGAUCUGAUGUAGAACUUCUUUAAACUUUCUUGUU